AUGUCUUCUGAUGAUUUAGGUGGUUAAGAUGAAAAUUACGAAUCCAUACAACGAGAUUCCUUAUGGAGAGACGAACAUCAGAUGGAAGAGUCAGCCCAACUCAUACAUUUCUUGGUCUUAGGACUAAUAUGCGGACUUAUUCUUAGAGAAUUCAAUAAAAAGACUAACAUCCCAUACUCCCCCAUGAUCCUUGCUCUUGGUUUGGCAGUUGGUCUAUCCUAGGAAUAUUUGGGGAAAAUAGGGAACAGUGCUCACAUCUUAUCUAAAAUGCACCCACACCUCAUUGUCUUCAUCUUCAUCCCAGUUCUGCUGUUCGAAUCGGCAUUCAAUUGUGACUGGUAUACUUUCAAGUACUAAAUUAUCAAUAUAUUGCUGUUGGCAGGUCCAGGAUGCGGAUGGGGUGCUAUACUAUUGGGGGCAUGCUUUAAGCUCGUUCUCUAAUAUGGCGAUGAGGACAUGAACUGGUAUGAAGCAUUCACUUUGGGAUCAGUUUUAUCUGCAACCGACCCAGUUGCUGUGGUUGCUUUACUAAAAGAGCUGGGAGCCAAUCCAGCGUUUAACCACUUGAUCGAAGGGGAAGCAUUGCUUAAUGAUGGAGUUGCAAUGGUCCUCUUUAAUGUUUUUAACAAUAUCUCAAAAGCCUCGAGCGGAAAAGGUGAAGCCGUUAAUGGAGGUGAUAUCAUAUUAACUUUCCUCAGAACAUCUUUCUUAGGACCAAUUAUGGGUUUAAUAUUGGGAUUGUUGGUUGCUUUAUGGACUAGAAGAAUAUUAGGUGAUGAUGUCGAAGUGACGUGGUUGACAUUUGUGUUUACAUAUUUUACAUUUUAUUGGGCGGAAUUUGAAUUUUUCAAAACAAGUGGACUGUUAGCAGUAGUAGGCCUAGGUUUGUUCUGGUGUGCUCAUGCAAAGACAAGGAUAAGGGCAUCAGUUGAACAUUCAGUGCAUGCAGUUUGGGGAUUUGUCUAAUAUAGUUGUGACACUUUGGUGUUCCUAUUGGUAGGCAUCAUUGUUGGGAUAGAAAUAAUGGAGGAGAAAUUAAUAUUAACUUCAGAUUAUUACAAAAUGGUAGGGUUCUAUUUCUUGAUGAUUUUGGCGAGACUUCUGAUGGUUUUAACUUUCUAUCCAUUUCUCAAAUGCUUUGGUUAUCCAAUCUCAAAGUCUGAGUUGAUUGUCUUGGUGUAUGGAGGAUUGAGGGGAGGAUUGGGACUAACACUCUCAUUAAUGGUGGGUUGCGACGAAGAUCUGCCUGCUCGUUUUAGACAUUUAGCUGUCUUCUAUGCUGCAGCCAUGGCCCUAAUUACCAAUAUGAUCAAUGGAACUACGUGCAAGACUUUGGUGAAAUGCGUUAAAAUGAUAGAUGAACCCAUUGUGAAAAAGAAGGUGUAUAAGAAAUAUUUGGAAGAGUUGAUUGUUAUCCAAUAGGAUUUAGUCAAGGAAUUGGAGACUGAUGAGUUCUACAACAUGACUGAUUGGGCUACUGUUAACAACCUAAUUGGGCAGCAGGACUUUAUUGAAAAAAUUGACAAAGUGGAAUAAGAGAUUAAGCAUUUGAUAUAGAAGAGGGGAUUUUAAGAAAUGAUUUAUGAAGGGUUGCCAAAUCAGGAAGUUUUUGGAGAAGUCAGAUAUAGAUUCUAUAGAAUCCUUAAGGGAUUGUAUUACCACAAAUAUGAAGAAGGUCUUUGUGAAGAAUAGACAGUGAGAAUGUUGGUGGAGUCUAGUGAUGUAGGCUUAGAUAAAUUAAGUGAUAACCUUGAAAUUUGGGAUGAAUUGUAUAAGAACUUUAUGAAUCUUUGCAGUGUUAAUUUCUUUUUCAAAGUGAAACAGAAGUUUCUGAUAGGAUAUUUCGCCAGAGAAUACUUAAUUAGACAUCUGGGUCUAGUGUAUGAUGUCACAUCCUCAUUUAUUAUUUGUGCAGAAGAGGCAUUGAAGUUGGCAGACAAUUUCCCUAUGAAUAAGGAAGCUAUAUCUAUUAUUUAAGAAGAAUUGAAAAAAGAAAUAGAAAAGGCACAGUCUUACUUUGGUACUUUGAAUGGUAGUUUCCCUGAAAUUGUCAGAGUACUCUAAACCAAAAAGGCCUCCUUCUCCAUCCUAACUCACUCCAUAGAGCAUGUACAAUCCACUUAGAGACGAGGCCUUAUUGAUGAUAAGGAGUAUAAAAUCUUGAUGAAGGAUAUUAACAUCAAACUUGUGAAAUUGGAAAGUCAUUCAUAUGAUAUGAGUUUGCCCUCUUUCCACGUCAUCGCCAUGCAAUUCCCUAUAUUUUAGGAGAUAUCUUUGAGUGAUCUGGACAUUAUCAAAAAGGUGGCUGUAGAAAGGAAGUAUGCAUUGGGAUAAGUGAUUUAUUCAAAAGGCAGCGAAUGCAAUGAAGUCUACAUUAUUAUGAGAGGCUAUGUUGUGAAUGAAUACAAUGGAAUUCUCAUUACUAAGGGAUUAGGAUCCUUGAUAACCCACUAAAGUCUCAUUGUAGAUGGUAAUCAUAUGAGCACGGCAAAGGCAGCCGUCGAAUCUCUAUUGUAUGCUUUACCAACCAAGGUUAUCAAAGAGGUUAUGAUCAGGAAUAAGGAUUUCGAAUUUAAGGUGUAUUUACACUCAAUUGAAUACAUCAGAAAAUGGUACGAGAAUCAAGUUGGUCCCCUGGCUCAAAUGGAAUUGAAGCGAUUGAAUGAACUGCUUAGAAAUAAAUCCAGAUUAGUCAAACUUACUACGCUGUCUUAAAUCGAAUUCAUUAAUGGAGGCUUCUUGUUUUCCGGAGAGUUACGUGAUCCUAAAAAUAACGUAUUUAAUAAAUAUGAUUAUAUUGCACCAACUGAAGGGUUAUUUACUGCAGCAGCCAAUUCCACUUGCUUCGUGUUUGAUGAAUAGAUUGAAGUGCUCCAGUCGAAACGAAUGAAGGAAUUGAAAUUAGACAGUCAAAGGGAUCAAGAGAUUCACGAGAAGUAUUCAGAAAUAAAGAGAAAUUCCGUUUUGGAGUUAAGCAAAAUCAAUAUUACCUGA